AAGAUUCUUUUAUUAUUAUGCUAUUAUUAAUGUAUGUAAAUAUGAAAAAGAUAAUGUAAACAAAUAUAAAGAAGAAUAUGAACAAAUUUGUUGGAAACUUAUAAAGAAUUUAUUGUUAUUAUCUGAUAAUAAGUAUUCCGAAACCAAUUAUAUGAAUGUAUGUAGGAUAUUAAAUGAAUGGUUGUACUAUUUGAAAAAACGAUAUAAUAUUCCAGAUGCAGCUAUUAAUAAAUUAUUUAGUAAAGCUAAAGAUCUAACUCCAGUUUCACGUCAGGGGAAUAACUGUUAUUAUUAUCCAUUUAAUAAAGAUAAUAAAAAAUCGGAAUAUUCAAUGAAGUUAAACUAUCUUGUAGAUAAUGUUAACAUUAUUUAUGAAAUAUUGAUGAACAAAAAUGAUCCACAAUUCUGUUAUGCACAAAGAUUUGCUCAAGAAUGUAAAAACAUAUAUAAAUAUAUGAAUACUAUUUAUUGUUCUGAUAAUAAAGGCAAGGAAGCUGAAAAUAUAAUAACAUGUUCAGAGUUAACAUCUUUUAAUACUAUAUAUACGUCUUUUCUUUUUAACAAAGGAGAUAUUAAUAAUCAUAUACCCUCAUUAAGUUCCGAUAACUCUGAAAAAUUAGUGAGUUGCGAAUCAGAUAAAAGAAAACAAGAGAUAUCAGAACUUCCAGUGCCACUACCAAAUCAUGAUGAUAAUGAGAGCAGUUCAAAAGCAAUUACUGCACCCACAGUUCUUGGUACCAUGGCAGGAAUACCUCCCUUUUUGGCGUUAAUAUAUAAGGUUAAUAAAUUUUUAUUAUA